AUGGAUAAAAACGUUAAUAGUGAAUUUGUUGAUGAAUCUUCUCAAAUAUUUCCUCUUACUAUUAUUCUAUCAUUUCUUGUUGUAUUUGUAACAAUAGUUAUUUUAUGGUGGGCUAAAAAUCGUCAUAAAUCAUUUCGUCGUGGUGAAUGUUUACUUUUAUGUGGAACAUCAAAUUCUGGUAAAACAUUACUUUUUUGUCGUCUUACUAUGGGUUUAGCUAAACGAACAUUAACAUCAAUGGCAAUUAAUAAAGGUUCAAUGAUUCUUGAAACUUCAUCAACUGAUCGUCCAACAAAAAAAAUUCAUGUUAUUGAUAUACCUGGUAAUUUACGUAUACGUCAACGUGAUUUUAAUACGAAUAAAAAUUCAGCUAAAGCAAUUAUAUUUGUUAUUGAUAGUACAACAAUAAAAGAAGAAAGUAAAGAUGUAUCGGAUUAUCUUUAUGAUAUUUUACAUGAAAAAACAUUUCGUCAACAACGUUUACCAUUAUUAAUACUUUGUAAUAAACAAGAUAUAAAUAAUGAUAAUAUAACAAUUCAAACAAUACGUAAUUUACUUGAAAAUGAAUUAACAAUGAAACGUAAAACACGUGCAUCAUCUGUUGAUGUACAUCAAGGAAAAACAGAAUUAAUUAAUGAUAUUGGUCAAUUAGGAAAGGAAACAUUUGAAUUUAGUGAUGUAAAAGAUAUUAAAGUUGAAUUUGUUGAUGGUUCAGCAUUAGGUACAGAAAAAAAAUCAUUUGCUGAUCAUUAUGAUGAUGAUGAUGCUAAUAAUGAAAAGGAUAUUGAUAGUGGUGGUGAUGAAACUGAUGCAGACAGCGGAGCAAAUUUAAAUAAAGUCUAUGAUUGGAUUGAGAAGAUCUGGAUUAAAUAA